AUGCCCCAGCAACACAGGCCUCGGGCUGUCUCUGACAAGUGUUCACAGGAAGUGUGGACGCCUCCGCGCGAGGGACGAGGAGCUACGGGCCUGGGCCCGGCUAUCGCAAUGGGCAGCGGCUGCCGCAUCGAAUGCAUAUUCUUCAGCGAGUUCCACCCCACGUUGGGACCCAAGAUCACCUAUCAGGUCCCUGAAGACUUCAUCUCCCGAGAGCUCUUUGACACAGUCCAAGUGUACAUCAUCACCAAGCCAGAGCUGCAGAACAAGCUUAUCACUGUCACAGCCAUGGAAAAGAAGCUGAUCGGCUGUCCUGUGUGCAUCGAACACAAGAAGUACAGCCGAAAUGCCCUCCUCUUCAACCUGGGCUUCGUGUGUGAUGCCCAGGCCAAGACCUGUGCCCUCGAGCCCAUCGUUAAAAAGCUGGCUGGCUAUCUGACCACACUAGAGCUAGAGAGCAGCUUCGUGUCCAUGGAAGAGAGCAAGCAGAAGUUGGUGCCCAUCAUGACCAUCUUGCUGGAGGAGCUAAAUGCCUCGGGCCGGUGCACUCUGCCCAUUGGUAUGGCCAGCCUCUGCAAGGACAGCAAAGGGGUGGAGGAGAGAUGGGAAAAUGAGUCUAACACCAUCCACUUGAAGGUGAUUGAGCAGCGGCCAGACCCUCCAGUGGCCCAGGAGUAUGACGUACCUGUCUUUACCAAAGACAAGGAGGAAUUCUUCAACUCGCAGUGGGACCUCACUACACAACAGAUCCUGCCCUACAUUGAUGGGUUCCGCCAUGUCCAGAAGAUUUCAGCAGAGGCAGAUGUGGAGCUCAACCUGGUGCGCAUUGCUAUCCAGAACCUGCUGUACUAUGGCGUUGUAACACUGGUGUCCAUCCUCCAGUACUCCAAUGUGUACUGCCCGACGCCUAAGGUCCAGGACCUGGUAGAUGACAAGUCCCUGCAGGAGGCAUGUCUAUCCUAUGUAACCAAGCAAGGGCACAAGAGGGCCAGUCUCCGGGAUGUGUUCCAGCUAUACUGCAGCCUGAGCCCUGGCACUACUGUGCGAGACCUCAUUGGCCGCCACCCCCAGCAGCUGCAGCAUGUUGAUGAACGGAAGCUGAUCCAGUUCGGGCUUAUGAAGAACCUCAUCAGGCGACUACAGAAGUAUCCUGUACGGGUGUCUCGGGAAGAGCAGAGCCACCCUGCCCGGCUUUAUACAGGCUGCCACAGCUAUGAUGAGAUUUGCUGCAAGACAGGCAUGAGCUACCAUGAGCUGGAUGAGCGGCUCGAAAAUGACCCCAACAUCAUCAUCUGCUGGAAGUGAGGCUGGUGGUGGCUGGAUGCACACAUUGCUGUGGGUAGUCCCUCCUGCCAGUAGGCUUGUCAUACUGUCUAGAGAUUGACUGUUAGUUCUGUAAAUAAAGUCAUCCAUUUCAAACUA